UCAUGGGCAUAUUUCAUUUUCCUGAUAAUUCAGUGCUAAAAUUAGGCGACGGCUCUCCUCACCUUCCUCCUAGCUUUACUGACACAAGAGAGUAUAUAUAGCUGGCAUAAUUUAAGAAGAACCGCUCAUCUGCUGGCCUUCUCCCUAGGUCUAGAGACCAAGAAAAUGACCUGAAGUUGAAAAGGAGAAAUUUGAGGUUGUGUUUCUUGCAGCCGCCCAGGCUCUGGCCUCUCUGAUCCAGGGUGGACCUGAAGCCCGGCCCUGAGCCCACUCUAUUCCACUCCAGAUCCACUCCACUGAGCCCUCUCACCUGGGACUGCUGGCCUUCAAAUGACCCAGUGUGGAGGCCGGUGAGGUGGGGGCCAUGGUUCCUCUGUACAAGGACAACCAGGAGGACAUUUGUCCCAUCUGCCUGGAUCCCCUGAAGGAGGCUGUGAGCACGGACUGCAGACACCUCUUCUGCCGGAUGUGUCUGACCCAGCACGUGGAUAAGGCCUCCGUCUCUGGGGUCCUCAGCUGCCCAGUCUGCAGGAAGCCCUGCUCCGAGGGAGUCCUUGGAGACGGUUACAUCUGCUUCAGCCACCAGAAGAGGGUGUGCAGGUUCUGUGAGGCAAGCAGACAUCUCCUGUGUGUGGAAUGCCUCCAGUGCCCUGAACACCAGUCUCAUACUGAGCUCUCCAUUGAAAGUGCCAUCAGCCACUACAAGGAAAGACUCAUCCGCAGAAGCAGGAAGCUCAGAAAGGACCUGGGGGACCUUCAACGGCUUAAGGCUCAGAAAGAAGAGAAGUUGCAGGCUCUGCAGGUGGAUUGGGGGAGCCGCGGGCUGCCAAAUCAAGUGGAUUGGGGGAGCCACGGGCUAAGAGCUGGGCUGCGGAAUCAAGACCAAGCUGAGGAACAGCUGAAGGCCCUGCCUCAGAGUUGGCUGGACCAACAAGAGGACCUACAAGCAGAGGUGGCUAAGAUCUUCAGCAUCUCUGAGGCGGUAACACGGCUCAGCAUCCUGGCUUCUGACCUGGAAAGGAUGGCCAGGGAACUGGAUGCCAGCACUCUGAAGGAUGCCAGUGACUUACUGGACAGGACUGCGCCACAGAAAUUAGAAGGACCCCUCUCUCAUCUUCCUGCAGCCAAUCCAAGCCCCAGCUAGUUCUCCCGGUUGCGUUCUCAUCCCCACAGCUCUCAUCUGAUGCCCUAGCCCCUGACACGUGGACACAGUCUCCUUCUUAAGCUAUACUUGAGCGUGUGGCUCCUUGUGGCUGGGCAUUUCAGAUCUCCAUUGCUUCCAGGGCCAUCUGUGCAAUCUCCAUAUCACCUGUGAGCUGGUGAUAGCACCUACUGUCCGUGGUCUCAUGUGAGCAUCAAAGCAUCUGGCCACCUUAGCGCAUGGAGCCGGGCAGGUUUAUUGGAGUGAAAAUGUCUUCCGACUCUGAUAGAACCUCCUGUCUGCACUGCCCACGUAGUCCAUUCAUUGUGACUGUUGCAGACAGACUCAAGGGUGAUUACCACAGUCCUCAUGGUCAUGUACUCCUGUAACUUGGUCGCCCGAGUGUGACAAAUUAGUGGUGCCUGUGACACGCUUCUCAUCAAAGGAAUUUAGCAGAGGCGAUUAAGGUCACUGAAGUGGCCAUGUCUCCUUCCACUGGUCUCUUACUAAUAGAUGCAUUCUAGAGACUCCUCUUGAUAAAGUUAGUGGUGCUGAGGGGGAAAGAUACGUGGGCAGCUCCUAAUUUCUUAGAGCAGCCUACACCUUCCAGCUGACAGGAAUCAGGGGGUCUUAUGGUUGUAAGAGAAAGAAUUCUGCCAACACAGUGAGCAAAACUGGAUGUAAAUCCUCCUUCUGGGAACUGGUAAUGUCUUAACUUCUUAACCCUCCCUCUUCCAUAGUUUCCAAAAUGCCUGAGAAAUGGUAGGAGAAUUCUUUUUUUUUCUUAUUUCUACAUGCGUUCUUAUAAUAAACUUUCCUAUUUAAACUAA